AUGACUUGGCCUGAUGUCCCCGUCAAGCCCGCUGAGGGCAUCUCCUACUUUACCCCAGCUCAGGAUCCUCCAGCUGGUACUGCCCGCAACCCCCAGACUAGCGGCAAGGCCAUCCCAAAACUUUUCCAGCCCUUGAACAUCCGAGGAAUGAACUUCCAAAACCGCCUCGGUGUUGCUCCCAUGUGCCAAUAUAGUGCUGAAGACGGCCAUAUGACCGCCUGGCAUAUGGCCCACUACGGUGGAAUUGCCAUGCGUGGUCCUGGAAUGAUCAUCAUUGAGGCUACCGGUGUUGCCCCCGAGGGCCGCAUUACUCCCGGCUGUGUGGGUCUUUGGCAAGAUUCGCAGAUUAAGCCACUUAAGGAUGUCGUUGAGUUCGCUCAUAGCCAAGGCCAGAAGAUCGGUAUUCAGCUUGCCCACGCUGGUCGUAAGGCCUCGACUGUUCCUCCUUGGUUGGGUGGUGUUACUGCUACCAAUGCUGUUGGUGGCUGGGUUGAGAAUGUGAAGGCUCCCAGCGCCAUUCCCUUUGCCGAGGGCGAUAUUGUUCCUAAGGCUAUGACCACGGAAGACAUCCAAGAGGUCAAGGACCUCUGGGUUGCAUCUGUUAAGCGUGCCCUUGCCGCUGGUGUUGACUUCAUUGAGAUUCACAAUGCCCACGGCUACUUGCUCUCUUCUUUCCUGAGCCCCUCUUCCAACCAGCGUACCGACAAUUACGGUGGCAGCUUCGAGAACCGUAUCCGUCUUUCCCUUGAGAUUGCUCAGCUGACCCGUGACACGGUUGGUGAGAAUGUCCCUGUCUUCCUGCGUGUCUCUGCUACCGACUGGCUUGAGACCAGCCUGCCCGAGGAGAAGGGCUGGAAGCUGGAGGAUACUAUUGAGUUCGCCAAGGCCCUCACAGCCCAAGGUGCCAUUGACUUGAUCGAUAUCAGUACCGGUGGUGUCCACGCCAACCAGAAGAUUAAUUCUGGUGUUGCUUUCCAGGUCCCUCACGCGGCUGCUGUCAAGAAGGCUGUUGGCGACAAGAUGCUUGUUUCUGCCGUUGGAACCAUCAACAGCGGAAACCUUGCUGAGCAGUUUUUGAACGAGGAGGACCUGGAUUUGAUCCUUGUGGGCCGUGCCUUCCAGCGUGACAGCGGUUUGGCUUGGGCUUUUGCAAAGGAUCUGGAUGUUGAGAUUGCCAUGGCUGGUCAGAUUCGCUGGGGAUUCACCAGCUUCCGCAAUGCAUCGGAGUACAUUCAGCCUAACUCGAUGAAGGCGUCUAUCUUUGAUUAG